CACAGCGUCUUUGCAUCGUCUGACUCGUUUUUAGUUUAUAGGUAAGCAACGAUGGGACCAUAAAACAAAUAUUCGUAGAUUGGCAGUGAAAUUGCGUUGGAAGCUUUUCCAGCAAUAUCAGAAAAUGGAACAAAGAGGAUGGUCAUAUCGUCUGGAGCUAUAUGCGAAACUCACUUUCAUUGCUCUAUCGCUUUUGUUCGGGAGAGCAGUUUGGGGACAGAUACGAUAUUCAAUUUCUGAGGAGCAGAAGGACGGAGCUGCAGUGGGAAAUAUAGCGAAGGAUUUGGGUAUUGAUCACAGAACCCUAAAGGAACGAGGAUUUCGCAUCGUAUCGACCUCAGGCGAGUCACUGUUUAGUGUAAACCAGAACGACGGCGUUUUGUAUGUGAACGGUAAAAUAGACAGAGAGGAGGUGUGCGAGAGAAGCACCCCGUGUUUAAUCAAUCUGAAAAUCGCUUUAGAAAAUCCGCUGGAGAUCCACUAUGUUACUGUAGAGAUACUGGAUAUAAACGAUCAUAGUCCACUGUUUCCCGAGAAUGAAAAGCGACUGGAAAUUUGGGAGUCUGCUGUGCCAGGCGCAAGAUACCCGCUACAGGCAGCGCGUGACCCUGACAAUGGAAUUAAUUCGGUUCAGACCUACAAACUUAGUCAAAACGAUCAUUUCCGACUCGAAAUUAAAGACCGUGAAGAAGAUGGUAAAAUUCCCAUUCUGAUUCUACACAAGCCACUCGACAGGGAAAUAACAAACAACAUUAAAUUAGUAUUAACUGCUUUAGAUGGGGGGAGACCUCCUAAAUCAGGCUCAAUUGAAAUACUGAUUGAUAUAUUGGAUAUAAACGAUAAUGUGCCUGUAUUCACGAAAGACGCAUACACAGUUACAUUAAAUGAAAACGCACAUUUAGGCACAACAAUUAUACAGGUGAACGCCACUGAUUCAGACGAAGGUCGAAACGGAGAAGUAGUUUAUGCACUGGGAAAUAAUGUCAAUGAUAAUUUACGCAAACUUUUUGUAGUUAAUUCCAUCACUGGAGAAAUUAUUGUGACGGGUCUUUUGGAUUUUGAGGUGAAAGAUAAAUAUGAGAUUGACAUUCAAGCGUCUGACAAAGGAAUAUUUCCUCUAACAACAGAUAAAAGUGUACUAAUUAAAAUUGUCGAUGUAAAUGACAAUGCACCGGAAAUUGAGGUGACGUCAUUUUCAAUCGCCAUUCCAGAAGACUCAAGACCAGGGACAACAGUUGCUUUAAUAAGUGUUUCCGAUUUAGACUCUGGGCUCAAUGGCAAAGUUUCUUGUUCACUUACCGAUGACAUUCCUUUCAAGUUAAUGCCAUCAUCACAAGAUAAUAUUUACUCAUUAGUUACAACUACAUCCCUUGACAGGGAAACUGAAUUUCAGUAUGACAUCACUUUAGUUGCACGAGAUGCCGGACAGCCACCAUUGUCAACUGUUAAAACUAUAACUGUCCAGGUAUCAGAUGUAAAUGACAAUAGUCCAGAAUUCUCAGUUUCCCCUUAUGCAUUUUAUGUGAUGGAAAAUAAUGUUCCGGGCAAAUCGUUAUUUUCUGUGUCUGCUUUUGACAAAGACUCAAAUGAAAAUGCUGUACUCAGUUAUCAUAUUUGGAGAGACGGUAGCGAUGAAAACAAACAUACAUCUUUCAUUAAUAUAAAUUCUGAAAAUGGAGAGAUUUAUGCGCUAAAGAGUUUUGACUUUGAAACCAUAAAAACAUUCAAUUUCCACGUUGUUGCCACAGACUCUGGAAGUCCGUCUCUGAGCAGUAACGUGACAGUGAACGUGUUUAUUCUGGAUCAGAACGACAAUGUUCCAGUGAUCUUAUAUCCAGUCAGUGCUAAUGGUUCUGCUGAGGGUGUGGAGGAGAUUCCCCGCAAUGUGAACGCAGGUCAUUUGGUGACUAAAGUCAGAGCCUAUGACGCAGAUAUAGGAUACAAUGGCUGGUUAUUAUUUUCACUGCAGGAAGUUAGUGAGCACAGUCUCUUUGGUUUGGACCGCUAUACAGGACAGAUAAGGACCCUUCGCUCAUUCACAGAAACGGACGAGGCCCAGCAUAAACUGGUCAUACUGGUCAAAGACAAUGGGAACGUGUCACUCUCAGCAACAGCGACUGUGAUUGUCAAAGUUGUGGAGCCCAAAGAGGCUUUUGCAGCAUCUGAUGUUAAAAAUGCAGUAAAAGACGAGGAGGAAAACAACGUGACAUUUUAUUUGAUCAUCACUUUGGGCUCGGUUUCAGUGCUUUUUGUCAUCAGUAUCAUCGUGUUGAUUGUAAUGCAGUGCUCCAAAUCUACAGACCAUUCAUCCAAGUAUUUACAAGAGGCAAAUUACGACGGGACUCUGUGUCACAGCAUCCAGUACAGAUCUGGAGACAAACGGUACAUGUUAGUUGGACCCAGAAUGAGUAUUGGAUCUACUAUAGCGUCAGGCAGUAAUAGAAAUACUCUAGUGAUACCAGAUCGCAGGAGGAGAGAUUCUGGAGAGGUAAGAAUCUACAAGGCUUUAUGA